AUUUUAGAAGAUAAUAGUAUAGCUUUAACACCAGAAUUAAGAGAUCUUACGCAAAAUCGGCAAUUUUGGGCAAACGUAGAAGUUUUAGCAAAAAUAUUACUACCUGCCAAAAAUGCUGUUAAAAUAAUUGAAUCAAAGUCUACAACAACUGCUAAU